AUGUCUAUGUUUCGAGCCAAAAAGCUUGAUCUAGGAUGUUUUAUAAACAUUAAAGUCAUUCGUGACCACACCAAGCGACAAGUGUUCGCUGAGCAUGAGACUGAAAGACAAGCUCUUCGCUACAUAAUCCGCAAUCUAUCACUUCCUCCUCGAGUUCGUUUCCAAGCACAAUUGGAAUUGACUCAAAUGCAUUGUUAUACAAGACCAACGCAAAUUAGGAACAGAUGUAUCUUGGGAGGUAAAGGAAGAGGUAUCUUGAGGGAUUUCAAAAUGUCCAGGUAUAACUUCAGAAUGAAUGCGCUUUCGGGAGAUUUACCGGGUGUUAAGAAAGCAAGUUGGUAAAGAAUGCAUGCUUUGGCCGAAUGAAUGGAGGGCGAAGGACAAAAGAUAUACGGACCUGCGAGUAAGCGUCAAAGAACCUGAAAGCUACGAGCCCGAUUACGAAUGUACGAUUGCAGAAGUACUCCGGCGUUUGACAUGUAACAUAUAUGGGCAUGAAGAUAAGAUUUACACUGGUACCGAACGCAAAUCCAGAGAUGAUGAAGUGGAUAAAAAAUGAACGAAGAACAGAACUAUUCGAUCUGUUCGAUCUGUUCCAUCUGCAAUUCAUGUAGCACUGGUAAUUCUUCGCAUCUUUGAAUGGGAUUCUGUUUGCCAAAUACUAGAGUCGUGCAAAGAUCAAUCCUUGGC